CUCUUUGAACAACCAUCAUCACAACCAUUUUUCUCAUUCUUCAAAACUUCAAUUUUCUCUUAAAAUCCAAAUCAAGCUUUAAUUAAACUUCAAAAAUCCCAAAAUAUCUUCCUUUUUUUUGUUGUUAAGGUUAUUUAACAAAUUCUCAUCCACAUUACCUUGCAAUUAGCAAAUUAAAUGAAUCCCUUAAACAUAAACCACAUCAAGGUUGAGAAAGCAAAAGCAAUCAAACUUAGGUACCAAAAACUAAGAAAAAUCACACGUUUUUUUCGAGUUUUCGAGAUCAUCUUAAUCCUUGCAGUGAUCUCAAGGCUGUCCUUACAAUUACCCCUAGCAUUAUUCAAGCUUUCAAAUGAAUGCUUUUACAGCUUAUCCAUCUUCAUAGUUAGCCCUAAGUUCGUGUUCAUCAUAGGUAAUGCGAUAGUAAUCACUCUUUUCGUGAACUCGGGCCGUUUAAGCAGCAAUGAAUGCAGCCCUAAAACAACAAAAACUCCUCCAUAUCAGAGGAAGAACAAGAACAUGAUGAAGGUGGAUCAGAAAAGUUGUAAGAAACAGGGAAUAAUAACAGAGGAAAACGCGAUGAUGGCAAUGAUUUUCCCGCCAUCAGAACAGCAGCAGCAAGUUAUCAAGAUUUACCAGAGAAGCAAAUCUGAGAAGAUGAUAAUAAAGAGAGAAAAGGUUGAGAAGAAAUGUUGUGGUCUUCGAAGGUCGAACACAGAGAUCAAGAGCUUGAAAGGUUGUGGGUGUAGUAAUGAUGUAAAGGAAUGUCAUUACCCUGAAGAUCAUAUGAGUAAUGAAGAGUUUCAGAAGACUAUUGAAAAUUUCAUUGCUAGGCAACAGAAGUUUUUGAGAGAAGAAGAAUUCUCUGCUCUUAAAGAGUAAAAUUUUGUAUGACAGUGGUACGGAGUAUUACAUCACUUAACUCUGUGCUAAAUAGCGGGAGUCUUGUGCACUGGGUACUACCUUCAGUAGCAGUUAAGAGUUGUUUUCUGAAGGUUUUUGUACAGUUUUACUUCAGGAAAUCAAUGUGUACUUGUUAGUAUUUGCUA